AUGGCACAACAACAUCGAGAGAAUAUUUUGUAAGUUUGAUUUAAACUGAAAAUUAAUAUAAUACCAAGAGUUUUGUUUAUGUAAUUCAUUUCUAUAUUUUCAGGAAAGAUGAAUUCAUUUCCGAUCUCGAGAAUGUCGAACUUAAUCGCCAGCUUUGCGCCGUUGCUACAGAUGAAAUGUUCGAGUCCUGGUCGCCAGAGACGCAAGAGCAAAUUCUGUCUGAAUGGGAUGACUGGCAUGAAGAAUCGGAGAAGUCGGGGUUAUGUUGUAAUGAUUGUGGUCGCGUAUUUACGCGUUCGGACAACCUCAACCGGCAUAUGAAAACUAACAGUGACAAAGAUCAUGAGUGCUCGCGUUGUCAUAAAACGUUUAAUCGGAAGGUACGUAAUUUACAGGGAUAUAUCUCAAAACAUAGAAAAGUACUUUGAGUUAAUAAUGUCUAUUUAUAUGAUUUCAAGGAUGCUUUGAACCGACAUAUGAAGACUCACAGUGACAAAGACCACGAGUGUUCGCGUUGCCACAAAAAGUUUAAUCGAAUGGUGCGUAAUUUACAGGGAUAUAUUUCAAAUCGUAGUAAGGUAUUUCGAGUUAAUAAUAUCUAUUUAUAUGAUUUCAAGGAUGUUUUGAACCAACAUAUGAAAACUCACAGUGACAAAGACCAUAAGUGUUCGCGUUGCCAUAAAACGUUUAAUCGAAAGGUACGUAAUUUACAGGGAUAUAUUUCGGAACAUAGUAAAGUAUUUUACGCUAAUAAUAUCUACUUAUAUUAUUUCAAGGAUGAUUUGAGCCGCCACAUGAAAAUGCACGAGCGCCGUGGCGCGGAACGGGGAUAUACUUGUAAUGUAUGUGGUGAAGUAUUCCGAAAUAUAUUUCCAUUCCAAGCCCAUCAACGCGAAGUCCACCAAGUUGGCCGUGGGAAACGUACCAAGACGCCGACCCGGCGCACGAAGUAAGACAAAGAACUGAUGAACCAGGUAUGUAUAGCUGAAAAUAUUUCGAUUGCUGACUUUGUAUUUAUACAGAUAUUUUUUCUCUUUUAAGAACCACCAGCAUCUUCGACACGCGUUAACGAAGAUAAGCAUUUGUGUGUUUUCCGUUGCUAUGGUUGUUAAACAUCACUAAUACAUUUUUCUCCUUUUUAGGAGCUUCUACGUCUGCUGUCGUCAACGAAGGUAUAAAUCUUUAUUGUUAAAUUUCAUGGUUUUUUCAUGUCAUUGUAGUACAACAUUCGCUAGCAUUUAGCGAGGUAAAAAUAAUUGAGUAAUUUUUAAGCGUGGGUUCAUCAUGUGGAAUGUUCCUAAUCAUUCAUAUUAGACUUAUGUUCAUUUGCUUUAGAACUAUUAAUUUAUGUCAUUGUACAAGUAUUUACGCUACAUCAUUUUUAUAACAUUCGCUAGCGUUUUAUAGUGAGGUAAAAGUGAUUUUUUGUUGUGUGGGUUUAUCAUGUUGCUAUGUGAAAUUUGCAUGUUCCUAAUUUAUUCAUGUUAGACUUAUGUCAAUUUUUUAUGAAUCGGGGGUUUGUAUGACAAAAUUAGUGCGAAGUUCUAGACAAAAAUAAAGAAUCGGGUGUUAUUUCUAUAGGACCCCAUCCGUUCCCUGAAGAUCUCCUAUUACCCCCGCCUAACCUUCCUUCCCAACUCCACCGAGAUAGUUGGCGUGCUAUACGUACGCGACAAAGUCGCGGUAAUCGGAUUCAGGAUUGGUACAACUAUCGUCUAAGCUCAGUACAUAUGGGUCAACUUGUCAACAGCAUACAGCACAUAUUCGAAGAUCAAACCACUGCCUUUAAGUUAAAUCUCUCCUUUGGUUUCGUAUUGUUUAAUAACGAGACAAAGCAGAUGCAACAUCACCACCCCUCAGCAAACAACAGCCGUGUCUUCGACUCCCCGUUCCAGAUUCGUAAUCGUGAAGAUUUAGGUCAAGUUCGUGAAGCGAUGCAAAACAUCGACAUUCAUGAAUGGGCCAAACAACAACGGCCUAAUUCCAAAUGGAUUGUCAUGGAUAUUACCAACGCGACGUUUUAUGUGACCAAACUUCGCGAUCAUCCAAUCGGUCGCAGUACUCGUUUACCCAAAUACGUGUUGGAGAAUCCUGCCACUGUGUCGCUAGACUGUGAUAGUAAUACCAGUUUACCAUACGAGGAUAAACUGUGUUUCUUUCGUUGUUUGGCCCUACACCAGGGUUGUCACCCCAAAAAUUUAGAACGUGAUACUCAACAUUUUUAUAAACAAUAUUCGGAAGAUGAUGAUUUUGACGGUGUGACACUCGAAGAACUCCCAGAGUUGGAAAAGUUGUUCGAGCUGAACAUUUACGUGUAUCGCCUUACAGAACUACAUGAGGAAGAUGACGACACGACCUCCAUUGUGGCUCAACUCAUACAGCGCUCCCACCGUAGCUACUCCAAUUCGUUGUAUCUGAACCUCUACGGUAGUCACUUCAGCUAUAUUAAGAAUUUAGAUACAUACCUUGACCGUUCCGAUUAUGAGUAUUGCGAGAUGGAUACAGACAGUGCCUAUAUCGCUAUUAGUGGUGAAAGUGUUGAAGAAUUGGUCAAGCCUGGUUUAAGAGAGGCGUUUGAGAACGAUAAAUGUAACUGGUCUCCUCGUUCCGAUACAACGGAACAUGCGAAAUACGACAGGAGAAAACCGGGAUUGUUUAAAGUGGAAUGGGAAUGGGAAGGGGAUGGAAUUGUAUCUUUAUGUACGUAG